AUGACCGUAAUCCUUGAAAGUGGGCGGGAGGUUGGAGGGGGGAUCUCUGCUCUCCCCUCCCUCCCUGUCCCCCUCCCCUCAGAAAAGGACGGCUUAAUUACCCCAUCCUCCCAUCCAAUUAGAAGCCAGAUGGCGCUUCUGGCCAAUCAAAUCAUGGACGCCAGGAUUCUCAGCAGCAUGAAUGGGAGAGUUGAGCUGUCCCAGUUCCUGAGAGUCACGAAUGAAAGCAUCGCCUCCCAGGUGAAUUCGGACCAGGACGACAACCGCAAGAACAGGAAGUACCCCUGCCCGCUGUGUGGGAAGCGCUUCCGCUUUAACAGCAUCCUCUCCCUCCACAUGCGCACGCACACCGGGGAGAAGCCCUUCAAGUGCCCGUACUGCGACCACAGGGCAGCGCAGAAGGGCAACCUGAAGAUCCACCUCCGCACGCACAAGCAAGGCCUUCUGGGUAAAGGCCGUGGGAGGAUCAGAGAGGAGAACCGGCUGCUUCACGAGCUGGAAGAGAGGGCGAUACUCAGAGACAGGCAGAUGCGAGCCGGUCACGUUAGCCAGCAGCAAACAUCUAAUUUACCCCAACUUAAAAACCCCCAGCUGUCACAGACAGUCCCAACCCCAAACCAGUUCCUAAGCAACUCCAGUGCCGCAGAGAUCCAGCCCCAUACGUCCACAUCCCCCGAGGCCACGACUGCCCAUGAGGAGCCCGUCCAGCCGCAGCCCACCGGCUUCCGCUGCUCCUUCUGCAAGGGGAAGUUCAGGAAGCAGCAGGAGCUGGAGCGUCAUAUCAGGAUCCUUCAUAAACCCUACAAAUGCACCUUGUGCGAGUUUGCCGCGUCGCACGAGGAGGAGCUCAUCGGCCAUGUCGAGAUGGCGCACAUAACCGCAGAUUCAGGCUCAGGUCAGAAGCCUCCAGCCGGGUCGGGCGACAAGGGGAAGCCGGCCGGGGAGUUCCCGUGCGAGGUGUGUGGCCAGACCUUCAGCCAGGCCUGGUUCCUGAAGGGUCACAUGAGGAAACACAAGGACUCUUUUGAGCACUGCUGUCAGAUCUGCGGCCGUCGCUUCAAAGAGCCCUGGUUCCUCAAGAACCACAUGAAGGUCCACCUCAACAAGCUCGCCGCAAAGAGCAACCUCCCUGCCGAGCACGACCCUUACAAACUGAGUAACCUGUCACAGGAGCACCAGAGCAACCUCUACUCGCAGUACAUCUCCCGCAUCCACAACAGGUUCCUCGCGGCCGAGAGAGCUGAGCAUCCAGAUUAUAACCAGAUACUCACCACGGCCGGCGUUGACAUGAAGGUGAGGGAGAUGUUGGGGAGGAUGAUCUCCUCCGGUCCCGGCCCCCUGACCGACGCAGAGAGCUCCUCCCUGUUGGGUCUGAAUCAUCUGCCCCCCCAGCUGAACUCCACCGGCAUGGAAUAUCUGCAGAAAGUCAUGUCCAAUAGAGAAGCAUUCAACAGCAGCGGUGGUUACCCAGGCUGGCAAAUCAUGGCACAAGCGCUGCCUGUUGAACAGCAAAUGUUCAGCUCUAAAGACCAGACCUCCUACUUGUCUGAGAGAUGUCUCCCUGCAGACGACGGGAAGCUGUGUCUCAGUGACCAGGACACUCAGACCAUCAGCAGGCCCGGCAGCACCGGCAGCGUGAGUCAUCACGGGCCAACGGACAUCAUCACCGAGGCCGGGAACUCCCUCUCCGGCGGCGCCCUGGACCAUCAACCACGAUCCUCCUCUCCAGCUUCAGGUGAGAAAGUCUACAGGUGUCCGCUCUCCAGUGACUACACCGCUGCACAGACAGCCUCCCUCGGCUUCCAUCUGGACCGCUACCACUUCCCCCACUGGCAGAACAGCAGGGAUCUCUCCUCUCCGCUGCAGCCCAGCAGCAGCAGCAGCAGCUCCAGCCCCAACUCCAAGCUCAGACCCAGAUCCAGCGAGGACUGGAGCCCGGCCGCAGGUCACUACCAAGGUCUGGAGAACCACAGGGAACCCCCCCUGCUCGUCAACAAGCAGCCCGACCUCACUGACAAACAUGCAGACGGCUCUUUAUCCGCUCAGACCAGUAAGUCCCAGUAUGAGCCCUUAGACCUGUCUGUCAGGCCAGAGUCCGUCACCUCCCAUUCAGCCAUGUCUCCUGCUGUACUGGUGCAGAUGUCUGGCGUUUUCAGCAACGGACUGUCCUCCUCCAUUACCCGGCGGCUGCAGAGUUACCCCAACGCCGCAGCCGAACUCAGUGGGAAACCUGGGUAUCAGUGUGACCUUUUGGUGCAGGCAACAAAAGAGGAGAUGAGCACACAGAGAGGAGGCUCGGCCUGUCACAAUGGUGAGGGGGAAUUUGAGAAAUCCGAGCACGGGGGGGAGGACGACGAGAAUAACGACGCUGCCAAGUGGCAGAUGCUGAAAAAUAAUGUGCCCGAGCUGCAGGAACUGCUGGAGCACGCCGGCACUGACUUCCCGGGUCCAGAGAUGCAGGAGAAGCCGGGGCAGUGGGGCAGAGGCGUGGCCGAGUCUCCCAUCCACUCUCUGGAGAACCUGACUCCAGGACAGGCCGAUCCACUCCAGUACCAGGGCGGCCUGCUCUCCUUCCUCAGGGCCCAGGGGAGCCUGAGGGCUGCACCUGCCUCUGCACACCACGCCGGGCUGAACGCAGGCGGGAACAUGGAGAACGAAGCUGCAUCAGCCCGGAAGCCGUUCCAGUGCCGGUACUGCCCGUACAGCGCUUCCCAGAAGGGCAACCUGAAGACCCACGUGCUGUGUGUCCACCGCAAGCCCUUCGACAACAGCCUCUACCCCGACCGCCGCCUCCGCCGCUCGCACGCCCCCCAGAGACCCUCCAGAUUGCCUCCGAGCAUGGCGGGAGACCAGAUCGGCACGACGUCGCUCUGUGGAACUUGA